AUGGCCGGGAAAGAGGUUCUGUUGAGCAUAGACGUGGAUGGAAUAGUACAGGCGUGUCUAUCUAUCAACAGCAGGUACGCUGUAGAUGGAGAUACGACACGAAGCAAUAAAGUAAACGACUUUAUGAUCCUGAACGAUAUACUUCGUGAUAAUCUAAAAAUAGAAAACGGUCUCAGCGAUGAAGAAAAACAAGAUGCCGUAGACAUAGUCAUGAACAGAAUCUGCGAGUAUUUUUUGUACAACAACUAUGGGAUGAGUGCCAUUCUCGGGCUGUAUUUUGCACUGGUUUCUGGCAAAAACGAGCUCAUUAGGAGCAGAGCUAUUGCUCUAGUCAAUAACAUUACAAAGCCAAAUACGUUCAUAUACAGCCCCAUCUACGGAAUUCAUAGAAAGGGCGGAGCGGUAGAAGAUAUAAACCCAAACGGCGAUCUAAAGCCCAUAGUGUGCACGCUGGAGAUCGGUGGCACACACUUUUCAAACCUGAAGGAGACACUGCAUGCUACUUCAGAGAGUCUAGCUCGGCAGAACGCCUCGUAUCUGUCCGAGGAAAGACAGAUACUGAAUAUUUUCAACGUUUUCUCGUCGCAAAAGGAAUACUACACUCUGUACGAGCUAUACAACUGUAUACACAAC